AUGACCCAUUGUGUGCACGUGCUGCACAUCACUCGUCCUCAUAGGGCACCCAUCAGAGUGGCUAAUGGACUUGUGGUCUAUUCAGAGCUUGUGGGGGAGAUAGUGCUUAGGCCACUGAUCCAUGGACAUGCCAGGAGCCGGUCUGUGAUCCUCUCUAAUGUGCUCUAUGUCCCUGCUCUGUCACACAAUCUGAUCUCCACUACAUACCUGUCAGUUCACCAUGACUACACUGUGCUCAUGAAGGAGAACUACAUCCUGUUCAAGCACAAUGGUGAAGUGUACUUUGUAGCAGAUAUCUCAGAGCAGGGCCAGGCAUUUGUGAGAGAGACUGUCAUGGAUAAAGAGCUGGUUACUGGUGUGAGGCUUGCCUCUGCUAGGAAGCCAGACCCCAUCUGUGAGCUAUGCCUCUUUGGCAAGCUGAAUGCUGGCCUGUUUCCUUCAACUGGUUAUUGUUCUGGAGCGCCUCUUGAUCUGAUUCACUCUGAUCUAAAGAGCUACUCUGUGCCCACCCGCGAGGGCUGGAAGCACAGGGUGACUUUUGUUGAUGAUCACACUGGCUUCAAGGUAGCAUACCACAUGAAGAACAAGAGUGAGACCUUUGCAGCCCUUAAGAUGUUUCAAGCGUAUGCUGAGACUCACUGGGGGCUGAAGAUCAAGGCAUUCCAGGACAAUGAAGGGGGAGAGUACAUGUCUAAUGAGUUCAGAUCACAUCUGGACAAGUGUGACAUUGUGCACCGCCAUUCAGUCAGGGCACGGCCUCAGCAGAAUGGGACAGCAGAGCGGUCUAACCGCACCGUUGAUGAGCACUCCACUGCCAUGUUACACGAAGCCAACCUGCCCCCUGCAUUCAGGGCCCUGGCGGUGUCUGCAUACAUCCAUGUGUGCAACAUGCACCCCCACAGCUCGAGACCCCACCAGGACUCCCCAUGA